AAAGCCGGCAAAAAGAAGAUUCGUAAUGCGCCUGCGCCAUUUACGUAGAGUUGUUGUUGUCACGUGAUAGCUGACUCAACGCCUCAAACUUUUGCCGAGUGGUUACUAGUGACUUCUUAAAAAUGACGAAAUAUUAAGAAAUACUCUCUGCUGACGUGUGGCUAAGAUGUAUAUAAGUACGUUCAAAGUCGCCUUGGAGCACUGAGUCAUUUGAAGCGAUAUACUAACGGCGUUAAAAACAGAAACGGUUUGUAACAUAUGUGCGUAAAGCACCUAAUGUUAGCAUUAGCAUUAGCAUCUUCAGAGGAAGAGGUGCUCCCGACAACCGACACAACUGACAGCUGUUUUCAGUAUGCGGAACCGACCGAGGGGAUCCCAUCUGGGCUUGAUGCUGCUGGCCUCCCAGCUGUUUCAGGUGGGUGUGGACAACAUCCCCCCAGUCACCCUGGCUGUACUGGGACUCAACGUGUACCUUUACCUGUUUCCUGCAGCUCCACUGAUGCAGGCCUGUGUGAGUGUCCAGCAGGCAUACUGGUUAAAAGACUGGCGCCGCCUUCUGCUGUCCCCGCUGCACCAUGCGGAUGAUUGGCAUCUCUACUUCAACAUGGUGUCCUUCCUCUGGAAAGGCACCAAGCUGGAGCGACGGCUGGGCGGCCCCUGGUUCCUCUACCUGCUGUCCGUCUUCUCUCUGCUCACCGGAUUGGUCUAUCUGCUGUUGGAGGCGUCGUUAACCGAGCUCACCCAGGACCAGUCCUACAGCAUGGCCUGUGCGGUUGGCUUCUCGGGCGUCCUGUUUGCUCUGAAGGUGCUCAGUAACCAUUACCACCCUGGAGGUGUGACCUAUGUGAUGGGUUUCCCUGUGUCUAAUCGCUAUACUAGCUGGGUGGAGCUAGUGCUGAUCCACAUAACAUCACCUGGGACCUCUUUGAUUGGUCACCUGGCAGGUAUCCUGGUGGGUCUGCUCUACACUGCUGGACCUCUGAAGGCCGUCAUGAAGAAAUGUGCAGGGUUAGUGACAUCAAACAGACAUAACUCUCCGCCCAACGCAUACUACGGCUCUUCAGGUACCAAAGCAUUCAAGGAAGGCUACAGUGGCACCGGUGGAGGACACUCAGGAUACCGUCAGUAUCCACCAGAUUACACAACAAAUCCUACAGCAUCUUAUACAAGUGGACUGACGGAGGACGAGCAGUUAGAGGCGGCCAUCAGAAACAGUCUGAAUGAGAGAGGACAAAGCAGCCAGAGAGGAGCUCCUCCUCCUUAUGGUUUCCAGCUCUCUGAGGAGGCGAGAGCUGAAGAUAUCAGGUUGAGGAGACUGAGGAGGUUUGACAGCUGAACUUUCAGGCAGCAGAGGGAAGGAAGAAGCUGUAGGUGACAAGACAGAAGAGGAGUUUCCCCCUGAGGCCUGGUCCAAACUCUGCUUCACAGGCUGAGGAUCCAGAAUG